AUGUUCACGUCUUCUUUGGGGCGACUUUCAGCCCAUUCACUUGCUCCCAGAAAUCGGAGCCUCCUUUCCAACAUGUUCAAAUCAAAUUUAAAUCAUUUCAAUGGAAAUAAUCGAUCGGAGAGGUAUUUUCAGACGAACCAAAUGAGAAAUAGUUCCGUUGAUGUAUUUUCAAAAUUAAACCAAAAAUCAAAAACUACAAUGUCAUCGACUUGCAAACAAAAUCAACAACUAAACUCUCGUCAUGAAGAGGACAAUAAUGCGAAAAUAACACAAAAUAUCACACCCGACCAACAAUUGAAAACACUCUUUAAUUCGGAGCAUGAGGCUUUUUCAAAGCAACAACAAGACAUUCAUGUCGAAUCUGUGGAAUCUUUGGAUCCUGCAACGAGAGAAUCCAUCAUCAAAAUUAAAUCCGACUUGAAAAAUCAUUUAGCACAUGCCAACCACUUGUUGAUGAAUAACGAAAAGGCGCAAGCUGGAAUUUAUCUCAUGAAUGUCAUGAAAAAUUUCAAAAUGGAACCAAAUCAUGCAGUGUAUGUGCUUGAUGAAUUAUUGCCACUUUUGGAGAAGGUUAUUAAAUCCAUGGUGCAAGCUUGGCAUUUCGAUACAUCAGAAUGGAGAGAACAAUUGAAGGAAAAACAUUUUGAAAUUUCGCACACUCUCGCAGAAAUGAUUAAGAAAAAACAUCCCAGUCUGUUUAAUGUUGAUGAUAAUUCAACCUCUACUGAUAUCGAAAGAAAUACUACUGAAUUUAAAGUUAAUUUCAGCGGUGAAUUCGAAACUCAUUCAACCUCUAUCGAUUCAAGUCAUUUUCUUGUUGUUGUAAUGAUUGACAAAGUCGUCAACAGCAUCAUCAUGAACAUGAAACCAUGGUCCGACUACAUUUCACAUUCAAUAUUGGUGCAAUUUGAUAUUCAAAAACAUCUACUUCUUUUCUUUGGUGAGGCAAUUAAGGAAAAGAAUGAAACAAAUAUUCCUCUCAAUAUUUCUGUUUUUGCAGGAUAUUGUUAUUCAGUACUAUUCAAUGAACAUGUAAUGAUGAGUGAUGACAUGUCUGAAAAGACCAUGUUACUGAGAAUGUGGAAACAUGUGCAACAAAAAUAUGAUGACAUGUUGAAACAACAACAAUCUACCAUCACAACAACAAAGCCUCUCAUUCAUCACAGACGAGACACUUCGACGGUGCUCGAUGUGAGUACUGACAUACCCAUCCAUGUGAAAUCAUGCAUGAAUUUGUGUCGAAUAAUUUUUAAUUUUAAUCCGCGAAACGAACAAUCCUAUACCAUUACAGAAUCUCAAUUGACAGAAUUAUUGAAAACAGAUCCACAUAAUCCUUAUAUUUUAUACUUUCAUUGCUUGGUAUUGGAAAAGAAGGCAAAGUUCUUAAUGAUGCAAGAUUUUGACAAGAAUGUGUAUCAAGUUGAGAACGCUCUUCAAUCUGAACUCUCUCUAAUUGAGAAAUUAGAGAAUAUUCUCAAAGAACACUCACCACCACAAACACGGAAAGAUCAAUUACCUUAUCUGACCUCUGGAUUCACUCCAUUCUUACCAACUCCUCUCCGAAAAGCCCACAUCUAUAGCAUGCAAAUUGAUUUAUUCUCACGAUCUCAACUCACACCGAAAAUUCAAAGCAGUGUGAAUCAACUGUUAAUGGAAUUGGGAAAAUUGGAAAAAUUGCUCUUUCCUAAAAACCCUCUCCUUCUCACCAAUAACAUGUUGAAUCAAUUCCUUUUUUUGAAAGCAAGAGCUUAUUUUUAUGCUCGUAAUGCGACUUCCUGUUGUGAAACAUUUGAAACUCUCUUUUCAUUGAGAUAUUUAUUUGAAGAGCAUGAACCAAAUGUUGUGAAAGCAGCAUCGUUUUAUGUGGCAGGAAUGCACAUGCUCAAACGAUUGCAAGAAGCAACUCCCAAAUUGGAACAACUCUUGAAAGAAGAUCCCUCGAAUUUAGAAUUACAAUUUCUCCGAUUAAGCAUUCGUGAAUUGUCUCUUCAAAAUACCUACAUCUCGAGAAAUGAUUUCACCUCUCUCAUUCAUGACUAUCAAGAAUUAUUGAAACAAGUUCAAGACAAGACGACCAAGAGUGGAAAGAGUUCAAACCAAAGUAGUGACAGUGGUAGAACGAACAAGAACAACAAACAGGACUCGAGUGUCAACAAUGACAUUCCGAAAGUAAGCCAUACGGCACUCGAACAAAAAAUUCUCAACCGACUUCAAUAUCUCUAUCAGGUCUCUCAGAAUCGAAAAGGCAACGCCACAACGCUUUAG